AAAGCUACAAUUCCCCAUAAAAUCAAAGAAAAAUGAAGCUUGUUUUUGCAACUCUGUCAAUUGUUUUCCUCGUUCUUGUCUCAUCUUUAGUUCAUCCAUGCAUGGCUCUUUCUGAUGCAAUCAAGCCUAACUCAAGUUUGGACUGUGACUCCAAGUGUGGGGUGAGAUGCAGUAAAUCAGGACAUGACCGAUGUCUAACAUUUUGCCUCAAGUGUUGCCUUAAGUGUAAUUGUGUACCAUCAGGGACUUAUGGCAACAAACAUGAAUGUCCUUGCUACAGAGACAUGGUGAACUCUAAGGGCAACCCCAAGUGCCCUUAGGGUCACUGUAUUACUGAGAAUAAC